UUGUGUAAGUCUACACCUUUGCUGGCUGCAGAAGAUAGCCUUAGCCCUGCCUGUUCUUAAGUAUUAAGCCUUUUGGCUACCAACUACCCCACGUUGAUUUAACUAAUUGGAAAUGACAGUGGGGGCUAAUUUAAAAAUAAAACAUCACCCUGAUGUUUGACGUGUCCAGAAAUCUGUAUUCCACGCUCUUUGUAAUUUCCCUCAAACGCUGAUCCAAGUAGGCUAGCCUCAGCUAAAACGACUCUUAUCCUGACAGACGGGAGAAACCCGAUCUGUGUAAUGUUUGAGUCACCGUAUCUAUAGGUUAUUUAAAAAACGACCCCAAUGCUCAUUACUGAUUAGCUCGUUUCUGUACGUUAACUAGCACAGGAAUUGUGAGCCUGUGAAGAACAAGAAUUGCCUGCGGUAUGGUACCGGAGAAACCUCACUGUUAGUGUAGUAUAGGUCAUUGUAUGUUCAAGAAAGCUUACAAGCAAUGAUUUUUUUCAAUGUCCAUUUUAUUUAAAUCGUUAAAGGUCAAUCAUAAAGAUUUUCCCUCGUGUAAAAUACCCACGUGGCUUGGGCUAUUAUCAAUUCUACGAAAACAAGAAGACGGAAAACGACACAUUUUAUCCGUCAUCAGGCUUUCAGUGGGUGAGGCCUUGUCAUCUCUGUCUGGUUAUGGCCCUGACGUCGCCCCUCUACCAGUCAGUGGGGCCCCAUUGGUUCUACCGCCAGCAGGAUGGAACCAAGGACAUCUGGCUCCCCUUCAGCUGUGAAGACUCCCAGAGGCUAGAGGAAGCCCAUCUGGCCAGCGAGCAGGGCGGGGAGGCGACGGUGGCCACCGAGGGGGCGCGGUUCGACGUGAGGCUCCCGGAGAGGACGCGGUGCGCGGCGUAUUGGGCGCAGGCGCCCGCGGAGGUGCGCCGAUGCACCUGGUUCUACAAGGGGGACAAGGACAGCCAUUACACCCCCUACCCCGAAGACAUCAGUCACAGCCUGGAGGAGGCCUACAGGAUCGCGGUCACUCGGAACAAAUGGAAGGAGAAGCUGGAGUUUCCCUCAGGAGACACCGUCACGCUGCACAGCUCGAAGUUAAUAACACAGGACCAAUGGCCCAACUGUCCCAUGGAGAAGACUAAGCCCCAAACCGUCAAGAGGGGUGUGGAGGAGAUCAUGGUGAACGUACCAGAAGGAGAGCCAGAGACGGUGGACCACCUGGUGUUCAUGGUGCACGGCAUCGGCUCCACUUGCGACCUGAGCUUUCGCACCCUCGUCCACUGUGUGAACGGAUUUAGGAGCAUCUCCCUGGACCUCAUUAACGCCCAUUUUAGGGAGGCGCAGGAGGAGCGGCGUGUGGGGCGGGUGGAGUUCCUCCCCGUAAACUGGCACGAUGCCCUGCACAGCGACACCACCGGGGUGGACCGGGACAUCCGGAGGAUCACCCUGCCCAGCCUGGCCCGCUUGCGUGACUUUGCCACCGACACGGUGCUGGACCUGUUCUACUACAGCAGCCCCACGUACUGCCAGACCAUCGUGGACAGCGUGGUGUCGGAGCUCAACCGCCUGCACGCCCUCUUCCUCUGCCGGAACCCGCGCUUCGCUGGAGCCGUGUCGUUGGCUGGACACAGCCUGGGCUCGCUGAUUCUCUUUGACCUCCUGACCAAUCAGAAGCCGGUCCCAGGUCUAGAGGAUGCUGGGAGCGAGGAGGGACCGAGUCUCAGUCGUGGGCUCCCGCUGGACUUCAGGUCCCUGGAGGAGGGUCUGGAGGUUAUGGGCCUUCAGCAGUACGCAGAAGUGCUUCAGCAGGAGCAGGUGGACCUGGAUUCUCUGGGCCUCUGCUCAGAGAAUGACCUGAAGGAUCUUGGGAUACCUCUGGGACCACGGAAGAAGAUCCUGAGUUUCAUGAAGAGGAGGCGGGACUUGGAGGGGAUCAGAGCGGGACCCCCACUCCUGACCCCCGGCCUGCAGGCAUCCAGAGAGGAAACGGGGCCACGGGGGACCCCUGGACCCCAAGUGCCCUUCCCUGAGAUGUCUGCCACCUGCACAGAGGACUGCAAGUACCUGGAUAUCAGGACUGGGCAGGUGUCAGUCAAGUACCCCCAGCUGUCCUUUCAGCCCCAGGCCCUCUUCGCCCUGGGCUCCCCCAUAGGGAUGUUCCUCACUGUCCGCGGUAUAAAAUGCCUGGACCCCAACUACAGCUUCCCCACCUGCAAGGGCUUCUACAACAUCUACCACCCGUUUGACCCCGUGGCCUACAGGAUCGAGCCGAUGAUCGGGGCUCCGGACGUGGAGACGGAGGCCGUGCUGAUCCCCCAUCACAAGGGCAGGAAGCGGAUGCACCGCGAGCUGAAAGAGGGUCUGACCCGGAUGAGCAGCGACUUGAUGGGGUCCCUGCGCACCGCCUGGCAGUCCUUCUCGCAGUUACCCAUCCCUGCAAUGCCCCUGGUGGCCGGAGGAGGGAAUGCAGGGGACUCAAAUGACAGUGAGCAAGCUGGGACCGAGGACGUCCAAUGGCUGCCGACUAGUCCGGCUAACUUCUGGAAAAGUCCCCUGGAAUGGCCAAGAGCAGUGCAACUGAAUUACUUCUCGGGCGAACAAGGUGUAAAACCGGAGGAGCAGGGGGUCCAGACGGGCAUGCUGAACGGCGGGCGACGGGUGGAUUACGUGCUGCAGGAAACGCCCAUCGAGAGCUUCAACGAGUACCUGUUCGCCCUGCAGAGCCACCUGUGCUACUGGGAUUCAGAGGACACUGUCCUGCUGGUGUUGAAGGAGAUUUAUGGAAGGCUAGGGAUACAACCUCCGGCAGCCUUAGCAACAGACUGAAAAACUAGACGACGGAAUUCGGUCCUCUGUGAAGAGGUACAAGGGACGGACACGGGGAGGAGUUGUGGUGGCCAAAGUCAUCCAGGUGGAGGUGGGGUCAGACUCAUCCGGCUGGACGGCAGACAGACCUCACCUGGAGCUCUGCAGCACAGGAUUCGCUAUGGUGACCUGUAGCAGCUGCAGUGGGGGGGGGGAUCUGGAAGACCAAAACCAGGUGCUAAAACUCAGUACUGGAAACCCACGUGGGUGAUAAGGACUUUUACUGCCUAUUUUAUCAGUUUGGUUUUAGAUAUAGCUUUUUAAAUAGAUAUUUUCGGGUUGUGUUAAAAGUUAUGGAAGCGACUCUUUGCACCCAGGUAUCCAUAGCGACACAUGCUAUAUGCACACUGGUGUACGUAGGAACUUAAACUAUUUACAGUCUGUAAUAACACAAGCUAUUUGCACCCGGGUGUACAUUGGCACUUAAACUAUUUACAGUCUGGUGUACAUAGUA